AUGGCGGCCGCACCAGUUGUUCUUCUUAUCACUCUCCCUUGUGAGAAUCCACCGCCACCUCAGCCUUCUCUACACCAAAUUACAAUGCUGACCCCUUUUCCAUUCUUGAUUUUACUCACUUUUUCGGCUCUGAUUUUCACUCUCUGCGCGAUUUGGAAGAGCUCUAGCCGCGUCAAUGGCGGCGAAGAGCGGCGCAGCCCCGUAAAAAUCGAGUCUUUAGCCUUGAACGACGAUGGGAAGGCAGACCCACAACGGAAACAAGAAAAGGGAUGCGAGCCGGAGCCCGGCCAUGAAAAUUUGGCCUGUUCGCUGCUCCUCGAGAUCUUGCCCUCGGGCUCGCCGAAAUGGGACACCCUUUUCAGCAAGCGCGAGGAAUUUGGUGAUGGGCCGGGUGCGGAAAUAAGGUCGGGCCAGGAGGAGGAGGAGAAGAAGGUGAGGAAGAAGCGGGCCAGGAAGAAGAAGCCCGGCCCGAAUGAAGAGGAUAGGAAGGAUAAAGAGGAGUUUGUUCGUUUGUAUCCGUUCACGAAAUCUUCUAGUGCCACUCAGAGGAAGAUCAAGCAGCAAUAUGAUCAGCUUGUCACGUCUCAUGGAGCAAAUGGCUUGACCCUUGAUCAGGUUGGACAGUUUGUCAAUUGCCUUGUUGAGGCAAGAAAGGAGCUCCAGAAUAAGUCUGAGGUCAUCAAAAGGAGAUUCACAAUUACAAAGGCCCUACUAUUUAAGGCAGAAAGGUCAUCGUUUGACCGGCUUCGUCAACAGAUAUACAAGCUAGAAUUAGAGCAAAAGAGGUUAGAAGAGGAUGCUUUCGUGUAUAACUGGCUUCAAGAACAGCUUAAGGCCUCUCCAGCAUACAAAAAGAUGAUGGAAAUCAGUGCGUGUAUGGAGACAAAGGCAAAAUCGAGCAGCCUUGUGGAGACUACAGAUGAUGAAUUUUGUGAUAUAUCGUUCGAAGAAUUACUUGCCCGAGAAAAGAAGGACGCGUUUUGGCAAAGAAAUGGGAAGCUCAAGCCAUGCUCUGGUUGA